CCUAACCGUUCUUCUUCUGCAAUUCCCUUUGUUUCUCCCAAAGUCUCUCUGCUUCAUUCAUCAUGCUCUCUCGUUUAUUCCAGAGAUCUUCGAAUCUCCGUCUCGCAACCCUAGUUUCUUCCAAAUCCAACUCUCAGAUCUUCUCCUCCUUUAUCCGUCCGCUUUCCACCAACAGUACCGGCGGCGGAAAUGACAACGGGAAUGGGGGUAAUCGAAAUGACGCACCGUGGAGUUUUUCUGGCGUAAACGAUGGCAAGUCCGAUCCUUUCUCUUCUUCUGGAUUCGGCUCUGUUGGUGGGGAUGGCAAAUGGCCUAAGCGAUGGAAUAUGAAGGAGGAAGGAGAUGAGAAAGGCGUGUUCGGUGGUAACGAAGGUGAGGUGUCGAAUGGCUUUGGAGAUGUGAAAUCCAGUGGAUGGGAUGUGCCCUCUAAGCCAUGGGAUUUGAAGGAGGAGGAGGAAGAUGGUAAGGUCGUGUUUGAUACCAGUGGCGAGAUGCCUGUUAGCUUUGAUGACAGCUUAGUGAAUGAAGAAGAAGAGCGUGCCAAGAAGCAAGUGUUUGAAAGGGAAGAGAAAGAGCUCACUGAGGUUAUCAAAGGUCCUGAUCGAGCAUUUGGAGACCUGAUUGCAAAGUCCGGUAUCACAGACGAAAUGCUAGAUAGUUUGAUAGCCUUGAAGGAUUUCCAAGGGGUCCAAGGGUUGCCUCCUCUGACUGAGAUUGAAAACCUGCGACGUGAGAAGAGUUCUAAGAAGUCGUCAAGAGCUGAGAUAGAACUCCAGAUGCAAGAGGAGAUUGCUAAAGCAAGGGUGAGGCAAGUGGAUGAAGCUGGGAGAGCCUAUGGAACCGGCAGAAGAAAAUGCAGCAUUGCCCGUGUUUGGAUUGUUCCUGGCAAAGGAAAGUUCCUUGUUAACGACAAAGAGUUCGAUGUCUAUUUCCCUAUGCUUGAUCACCGUGCCGCUCUUCUCCGCCCGCUUGCUGAAACCAAAACCUUAGGUAGUUGGGAUAUUAACUGCACUGUUACUGGCGGUGGAACUACAGGUCAAGUUGGAGCUAUUCAGUUGGGUAUCAGUAGGGCAUUGCAAAACUGGGAACCAGAUAUGCGGACAGCACUUCGAGCUGCUGGUUUUUUGACAAGAGACUCUCGAGUUGUGGAAAGGAAGAAACCUGGAAAAGCUAAGGCAAGAAAGAGUUUCCAAUGGGUCAAGCGUUAAAUCCAUACGAUAUCUUUCUCUUCCGUCUCUGUGUUUCUUCAUUUUCAUUGGUUCAUCUACUUAUACCGGGUUUGGAAGAAUCACCGCAAAAUAAUUUGUUGUUUCUUAGUCUUUCUUGCACCAACACAUUCCUCUACUACGGCUCUCGAGUCUAGGAAACUUUAGUUGCGUUUGGUCUGUGAGUCAGGACACAUAGUUUGUAUGUUUUUGUUCCUGUUUCUUCAAAAGGUGCAUUGAUAAUGAUCAACAUAUAUGAAUCUGAUAGAAUCA